UCUGCGUUUCUAAUCUGUGCAAAUCACCAGGCGGGUUGGAGAUCGGCGGGGCCGGAGUUUGAGGUCUUCCUCUGUGCGCUGAACAAUCAGAUCCGAUGAUGUUGGCUGGAUUCCGCUGCGGGGAAUUGGAAUCCGCUAUCGCUCCGGGUGCUUAAAUAGGCGGCGGGCGAGCAGCAGCGAGCAAUCCCUCGGCGGAGGAGACGGUCCCAGCUCGGUCCCCACGGUGAUCAGAUGGCGGAGCUACAGAGCGAACCGGAGCAGCAAGCGACCGGGAAAAGCAAGGGUGCACCCGACGCUAAUUACAAGCUCACAAUUUAUGAGCUUGAAAAUUUCCAGGGACGCAAGUCGGAGCUUACAGGAGAAUGUAUGAACUUGGCAGAUAAAGGAUUUGAAAAAGUUGGAUCAAUUCAUGUGGAAAGUGGUCCAUGGGUAGGUUUUGAACGACAGAAGUUCGGUGGCGAGCAGUUUGUUUUGGAGAAGGGAGAAUAUCCACGAUGGGAUACCUGGUCCAACAGCCACAGUAGUGACAGGUUGCUGUCACUUCGACCACUCCAUGUCGAUGGCGAUGGGCACAAGAUCAGCCUCUUUGAAAAUGCUGGCUAUCAUGGAAGGAAAAUGGAGAUUGUAGAAGAUGAUGUUCCCAGCCUGUGGGCUCAUGGAUUCCAGAACAGGGUAGCCAGCAUCAAAGCUGCCAAUGGAACGUGGGUUGGGUACCAGUACCCAGGUUACAGAGGGCAGCAGUACAUCUUUGAAAAGGCAGACUACAAGCAUUGGAAUGAAUGGGAUUCUAACCAGCCGCUGAUUCAAUCCAUCCGUCGCAUCAGAGAUAUGCAGUGGCACAAACGGGGCUGCUUCCAGGUCACACCCCCAAGCAGCUGAAGGAGACAUGAACAGGAUCUGAGGCAGGAGGUCAAGGCAAGGAUUCAUGCAAAGAGGAGGAGGAUGAAAUAGAAUAGGAUCCUACCUGCAAGCAUGCUGUCUUUCAAUCCUGGAAAAAUAAUAUGACUGAAAAUAAAAUGGUGACUGACA